UCAAAAUAAAACAAAACAACAGUUAGUGGGGUUGUGCUGUGUUGUGAUGCGUGUGUGAACUCUGCGUUUUGACCAUCGCUGAAAAUGGAACAACACAGCAGAGUGGAGAGAGAAAGAUAGAGAGAGAAUAGCUGAUUCACUGAGUCUGCCUCUGUGCCUUUGUGUUGCGUGUGCCAGCUGCUCCUGUUUCACUUCGGGGGCAGAGGACUCUGUGUAUGUGAAACAGAGGGAGGGAGAGAGAGAGAGAGAGGGCAAAAAAAAGCUCACUCAACUUCUCUUUGCUUCUCUUGGAUCCCUUUGACCCUCCAUUGCCAUUCACCUUCUCUUGCACCCCUUUUGCUUCUCUUCCUCUCAGAAUGGCACACUUGCUACUUCUCACAGAUCUCUUCUUCUGAUUUUGUGACUUGAACAGAGUUGAUGGAGUGGAGCAGUAAGGGUGAUCAAAACUGGUAUCAUCAAAUUUUGUGCCUUGAUUAUACCAUUCCUGUGAAUUGAAGGCUCUGUGUUGAGGUUUUGUUUGAGUUACAGGGUGUUUUGUAUGGGCAUUGUGUACAGAGAGUAAAACUAUAGAGUCACAAGCAAUUAGACAUAAUAUGGGUGGUAUUUGCUCGAGGUCAUGGAAAGGCACUGUUGAUGGUGUAGCUGUGGAUAAUGCACUCAGUGGAAGCUCGAGGCAUGCUAAUGGUCAUGCUAAUAGUGAGGCUGGAAUGGCUUAUCAGUCUAUUGGACCUCCCAGAAGUAUAGAUAGCAAUUCAAACGCGCUUCCUGAUGAUGAUGACUUGGAUAAACAUCAACGGGAGUCGUUUUCUUUUACUGGAUUGGAAAAUGUUUCCUAUGGGUCAAUGGCAGAUGAUAUCAAUGAUGGGAUUCCUCGCCUGUCCAGGGCUUUAUCGCAUAAAUCUAAGUCCAAACAAGCUGCUGUUAAGGUAUCAGAAGUGAGUUCACUUUUAGGAAGAGCUGGUACAGCUGGGCUUGGCAAGGCAGUAGAAGUUUUGGACACACUAGGUAGUAGUAUGACAAAUUUGAAUCUCAGUAGUGGUUUUACAUCGGGUGUGUCAACAAAAGGAAAUAAAAUUUCAAUUUUGGCCUUCGAAGUUGCAAACACAAUUGUUAAGGGUGCCAAUCUGAUGCAAUCUCUUUCAAAAGAGAACAUCAGACAUUUAAAAGAGGUGGUUCUGCCAUCUGAAGGAGUGAAAAAUUUGAUAUCCAGAGAUAUGGAUGAACUCCUAAGAAUUGCUGCAGCAGACAAGAGAGAAGAGUUGAAAAUAUUUUCGGGAGAAGUUGUGCGUUUUGGAAAUCGUUGUAAAGAUCCUCAGUGGCACAAUCUAGAUCGCUAUUUUGAGAAGUUAUGUUCAGAGCUUACACCACAAAAACAAUUGAAAGAGGAGGCAGAAAUUGUGGUGCAACAACUAAUGACCUUUGUUCAAUAUACAGCUGAAUUAUAUCAUGAAUUGCAUGCUUUAGAUAGAUUUGAUCAAGAUUAUCGGCGCAAGCUUCAAGAAGAGGACAAUUCAAAUGCCACACAAAGAGGAGACAGCCUUGCAAUUUUAAGAGCAGAACUGAAGAGUCAAAAGAAGCAUGUAAGAAAUCUGAAGAAAAAAUCAUUAUGGUCCAAGAUUUUAGAAGAGGUGAUGGAAAAGCUUGUAGACAUCGUCCAUUUUCUAUACUUGGAGAUCCAUGAAGCAUUUGGUAGUUCUGAUACUGAUAAGCAAGCCAAUGAUUCUCAAAGUAACCACAAGAAGUUGGGAUCUGCGGGUCUUGCUCUGCAUUAUGCGAACAUUAUCACUCAAAUUGACACUCUUGUGUCUCGAUCAAGUUCUGUGCCUCCUAAUACAAGGGAUGCCUUAUAUCAAGGGCUUCCGCCUAAUGUAAAAUCAGCAUUGCGCUCAAGGUUACAGUCAUUUCAGGUUAAAGAAGAGCUUACUGUCCCACAAAUCAAAGCUGAAAUGGAGAAAAUAUUGCAGUGGCUUGUCCCUAUUGCUGCAAACACAACGAAAGCUCAUCAUGGCUUUGGAUGGGUUGGAGAAUGGGCAAAUACUGGGUCUGAGAUCAACCGGAAACCAGCUGGUCAGACCGAUUUAUUGAGAAUUGAAACACUACACCAUGCUGAUAAAGACAAAACAGAAGCUUAUAUACUUGAACUUGUUAUCUGGCUUCAUCAUCUUGUCAGCCAAGUAAGAGUUGGAAAUGGAGGAAUAAGGUCCCCAGUUAAAUCACCAAUCCGUUCUCCUACCCAAAAGACAGGGCAGUUAUUUACACAGAAAACCUGUUCUUCCCCCAUGCUAACAGUUGAAGAUCAACAAAUGCUCCGAGAUGUCAGCAAGAGGAAGCUAACACCGGGCAUUAGUAAGAGCCAAGAAUUUGACACUACCAAGACCAGGUUGAGCAAACAGAAUAGGCUAAGCAAGAGUAGCAGUCACUCCCCAAUCAGUGAAAGCAAAAAUGAUAUAUUCUCAACAAGGAGGCUACCUUCUGUUCCUGUCAUUGACUUUGAUAAUCAUCGAAUGAAGGCCUUGGAUGUCAUUGAUAGGGUGGAUAACAUUGGAAGUUCAUAGUUGUGUGUCAUAUCUUGGUCUUUAAGCCAGAGGGGAUGCUUGAAUUAAAUGAGCCUGUUUCCCUUCUUCAAGUUAAGUGGUCCCCUAUGUUUCUUGUGAGCCAUGAGAAAUGUUUGUUGAUUUCCUUGGCAAGAGUGCUAUGAUGUGAGCCAUAGUCUUUUUGAGAUUGUUGUAGAUGAUUAUGGAGCGGGGACAAAGGGGGUCACCGUUUUUCAUUAGAUGUAUAUGUACAGAUUACAUGAUCAUAUAAUAAUUGUUCUUCUAUA